AUGAGCCAAGGUCUGAUCCGAACAUGUUUGCGGUUGACCCGAGUAGAACCCGAACAGAAACCCGGUUCCCGAGAACGAAGCCAGCGAAACCUGUCAGAGUCAGAAGCACCACCGCCGCCAUCGCGGCGGCGCUGCCGUCAUCGGUGCCGCCGCUGCUGCAACUUCUGUUCACCACCAAGACCCCACCAUCCGCCGUCUUUACUGGAGCAACGGCCAAAAUCAGAGAGGGGGAGAACCAGGUCCGCCGCUGCUCACGGCAGCGCUGUCGUCGGCUCGCCAGUCGAACCUGAGAAGAGAUCGGGUAGGGGGUGGGUGGUGCGAGAGGAUAAGAGAAGAAGGGUGGUGUUGAUCGGACGAAAAACCGGUCGCCGGAAGUCGUGGCUCCGGUCGCCGGGAAUUGCAGUCGAGAAGGAGAGAGGGGAAGGAAUAUGGGGUGUGGCUGAUUGCUCAAAAUGUGAAUUUAGGGUUUAUAAGGGUGCUUAA